CCAUUUGUGCAAUCACCUCUAAAACCCAAAACAUAAAAACAGAAACUUCUCGAAUCCGUUAAACCCCCAAAGCCAAAACCCUAAUUUCUACCGGCUCUGCACCACCACUCAUGGCGGCCACUCUCCGUCUCCGGCGAUCACUCGCGCUCUCAUCCACCAUCCUCAACCACUCGAAACAUUUCUCUUCAGCCGUACAAUCCGUCGCAGCACCACCGUCUUCCCCCUCAACCUUUCGUCAAAACCCUAGCUUGUUUGAUAUCACUCGAUCAAAACACAACGGUGUUUCGUAUCAAUUCGUUUCAUCGAGGACUCUUUCUUCGCGAUCUAGAUUUAACGAUGACAUGAAUGAAGAUCAGAUUAGUCCUGAUGCGAUACUGUUUGAAGGAUGUGAUUAUAAUCAUUGGCUGAUUACUAUGGAUUUUCCGAAAGAUCCGAAGCCUUCGCCAGAAGAAAUGGUGGAGACUUACGUUCAAACUGCUGCGAAAGUUCUCGGAAGUGUGGAAGAAGCUAAGAAGAAAAUCUAUGCGUGUAGCACAACUACUUACAACGGAUUUCAGGUCGAGGUGUCAGAGGAAGUUUCAGAGCAGUUCAAAAGUUUACCCGGGGUUGUAUUUGUACUUCCAGAUUCUUAUAUCGAUCCUGUAAACAAAGAAUAUGGCGGAGACAAGUAUAUUAAUGGAACUAUCAUACCCAGACCGCCCCCUGUACAAUAUGGUAGACAAAGUGGAAGGUUUAAUGAUCGAAAUAGAGACUAUAACAGACCACCAAGAGGCCAAUUUGAACAAAAUAAUGCACCUAGAGGGCCGGGAAAUUAUCAAAGAGGCCCUAUGCCUUCUAAUCAGGUAAAUUAUAAUCAAGGUGAAGGGAGAACUUUUCCACCAAGGGAUCAGGGGAAUUAUGCACAUUCUGAGCAGCGGGAUUUUAGAGGGCAGGGUAGUAAUUUUACUCCACCACCUGGACCACCUGGAGGAGGCUACAAUCAAGGAGGCGUUGGAGGUUACAGGCAAGGGACCGGAGGACAAUAUGAUCAGGGUAGAGGAGGACAAUAUGAUCAAGGUAGAGGUGGACAAUAUGGCGGAGGAGGUUACGGGCAAGGUACAGGUGGACAAUAUGGACAAGGUGGUGGGUGGAAUAAUGCUCAAGGUGCAAGUGGUCAAAGUGGACAGGGUGGUGGUAGAAGUUACGGGCAAGGCACAGGUGGAAAUUAUGGGCAGGGUGGCGCUGGAAACUACGGGCAAGUAAGUGCCGGAAAUUAUGGGCAAGGCACAGGUGGAAAUUAUGGGCAAGGUGGCGCUGGAAACUACGGGCAGGCAAGUGGUGGAACUUAUGGGCAAGGAGGUGGUGGAUAUCAUGGACAAGGAACGGGUUCUGGCGGCAAUCAAGCUUCAUCGCAAUAUGGAGAAAAUCCGAACUUUUCACAGGCGGGGCAGAGGAGCAACAUUGGUGGGCAGCAAGGGAACUAUGAAGCUGGUGAAGAAGCAGAGGCUUUUAAAGAAAGAUGAAUCAAAAUGUCGAUGAAGCGGUGACAAGAAGCGUAAAUAAACCUUUGGAAGAAGGGAGCUGGAGCAGCGAUAGUGAGAGCUAGUAUUGUUUUCCUCUUCGGUGUUAUGCUGUUCUGUAAUAUGAUGGUGAAACAUUUGAUGGUCGUGUUUUUGAUAUUUUAUCUACAUAUCUUGUUUGAUUUGAACCGAUCAUUAGCUUAAUGUAGGUAAGUUCAUACCAUUUUGGCAAUGAUUUGGUGUUCUGUACUAAAAGGUUAAGGACGUUCCAAACUCUUUCUUAUGUCUAAUUUUAAAUGGCAUAAUAGAUUAUUUCUGUUUUUAUAA